AUGCCAGGCAUGAAACGGUAUCAGCAUGUGAUUGAGACCCCUGAGCCUGGCGAAUGGGAGUUGUCAAGGUAUGAAGCAGCUGUGCCAAUCACAGAGAAGUCCAAUCCCCUGACCUGGAACUUGGACAAAGCAGAUGCAGAGAAAAUUGUUCAACUGCUGGGGCGGUGUGAUGCUGAGAUCUUCCAGGAGGAGGGGCAAAUCAUGCCCACCUACCUGUGACUGUACAGUGAGUCAGUUCUGACCACCAUGUUGCAAGUGGCUGGAAAAGUUCAGGAGGUCUUGAAGGAGCCAGAUGGAGGCCUGGUAGUACUGAGUGGAAGAGGAACCUCUGGCCGCAUGGCGUUCCUCAUGUCUGUCUCUUUUAACCACCUGAUGAAAGGCCUGGGACAAAAGCCUCUUUACACAUACCUCAUUGCAGGCGGCGACAGGUCUGCCGUGGCCUCUCAGGAACAGACAGAAGACAGUGCCCUACACGGGAUUGAUGAGCUGAAGAAGGUGGCUGCUGGGAAGAAGAGAGUCAUUGUCAUAGGCAUUUCUGUAGGACUCUCUGCACCCUUUGUGGCAGGCCAGAUGGACUACUGCAUGGAUAACACAGCAGUCUUCUUGCCAGUCCUGGUUGGCUUCAAUCCGGUGAGCAUGGCCAGAAAUGACCCCAUUGAAGACUGGAGAUCAACAUUCCAGCAAGUAGCAGAGCAGAUGCAGAAGAUGCAAGAGAAACAGGAAGCUUUUGUGCUCAAUCCUGCCAUUGGACCCGAGGGGCUCAGUGGUUCUUCCCGGAUGAAAGGCAGGAGCGCCACCAAGAUUCUGCUGGAAACCCUGCUGCUAGCAGCCCAUAGGACUGUGGACCAGGGUGUUGUGGCCUCUCAAAGAUGCCUUCUGGACAUCCUGAGGACAUUUGAGCAGGCUCAUCAGGUGACCUACAGUCAAAGUUCCAAAGUUGCCACCCUGAUGAAACAAGUCAGCACCAGCCUGGAGAAGAAAGGCCGAGUGUACUUAGUUGGCUGGCAGACCCUUGGCAUCAUCGCCAUCAUGGAUGGGGUAAAAUGCAUUCACACCUUUGGUGCUGAUUUCCAAGAUGUCCGUGGCUUUCUCAUGGAUGACCACAAUGACAUGUUUAACCAGAAGGCAGAGCUCACUAACCAGGGUCCCCAGUUCACUUUCUCCCAGGAGGACUUCCUGACUGCCCUUCUGCCAUCCCUUGUGGAAACUGACACUGUGGUCUUCAUUUUCACCCUGGAUGAUAACCUCACAGAGGUCCAGGCAUUGGUGGAGCAGGUGAGAGAGAAGGCCAUGAACAUCCAGGCCCUGGGGCAGUCCUUGCCAGCCCCUCUAAAGAGGCUCUUCCCCUCCAUUAUCAGCAUUACAUGGCCCUUCUUUGAAUAUGAAGGAAGCUACAUCCAGGUAGGCAGAGAUAAGAAGGCAAUGCCUGCUGGAGAGGAGCCUUCACCCUCCAAAAGACCCCAAAGCUAG